ACGUAGCGACGAGACAUUUAGGUUUCCAGAAGGCAGGUCAUCGCAGGCCCCACCCAGCGGUGGAGAGAGUGAAUCCCAGAGGGGGUUGCCAGCGAGUUCCUCCUCCUUCCCCUUCCCGCUAUCCCUGAGUCUAGGGCUCCCAGGGGCGUAUGACGCCAGCGCCCUCUGACCACACCUCUGACCACACCAAAUCCCUACUCCACCCGUCUUCUUUGUCCCACCCUUCGUGACACAGAACCCCAGCCCAGGCCCCGCCCAAAGCACUCAUUUAACUGUUAUUGCGGAGCUGCGAGGCGCUGCUUCUGCUCGCUGCAACUCGCUCAGGCAGCUGGGCGUAGCUGCGACCCAGUGGAGUCCCGGCGGCGCGUACUUACUCUGACCUCGCGCGCCAUGACUGUUGCGCGGCCGAGCGUGCCCGCGGCGCUGCCCCUCCUUGGGGAGCUGCCCCGGCUGCUGCUGCUGCUGCUGCUGUGCCUGCCGGCCGUGUGGGCUGACUGUGGCCCUCCCCCAGCUGUACCUAAUGCCCAGCCAGCUUUGAAAGGCCUUACAAGUUUUCCCGAGAACACCAUAAUAACGUACAGAUGUGAUGAAAACUUUACGAAAAUUCCUGGCAAGCACGACUCAGUGAUGUGCCUUCAGGACAGUCAAUGGUCAGAUAUUGAAGAGUUCUGCAAUCGUAGCUGCGGUGCGCCAACCAGGCUAAAGUUUGCAUCCCUCAAACAGCUUUAUAUCCCUCAGAGUUAUUUUCCAGUCGGUACUGUUGUGGAAUAUGAGUGUCGUCCAGGUUACAGAAGAGACCUUUCUCUAUUAGCAAAACUAACUUGCCUUCAGAAUUUAAAAUGGUCCACAGCAGCUGAAUUUUGUAAAAAGAAAUCAUGCCCUAAUCCUGGAGAAAUACCAAAUGGUCAGAUCGAUAUAUCAAAUGGCAUAUUAUUUGGUGCAGCCAUCUCCUUCUCAUGUAACACAGGGUACAAAUUAUUUGGCCCGACUUCUAGUUUAUGUCUUGCUUCAGACAGUGGAGUCCAGUGGAGUGACACGUUGCCAGAGUGCAGAGAAAUUUAUUGUCCAGCACCACCACAAAUUGACAAUGGAAUAAUUCAAGGGGAACGUGAACAUUAUGGAUAUAGACAGUCUAUAACGUAUUUAUGUAAUAGAGGAUUCACCAUGAUUGGAGAGCACUCUAUUUAUUGUACUGUGAAUGACGAUGAAGGAGAGUGGAGUGGCCCACCACCUGCAUGUAGAGCAAACUCUCUGGUUUCCAAGGCCCCACCAACAGUUCAGAAACCUACCACAGUAAAUGUUCGAACUACAGAAGUCUCACCAACUUCUCAGAAAACCACCACACCAAAUGCUCAAGCAACACGGAGUACACCUGCUUCCAGGACAACGAAGCAUUUUCAUAAAACAACCCCAGAUAAAGAAAGUGGAACCAGUUCAGGUACUACCCAUCUUCUAUCUGCUCUGCAAGUUAGACCUUUUGAAGUGUCCCACAUUUCUUCAAAAAAGAUGAUGUGCAUCCUCUAGGUAACUGCAGUUCUUGUAGGUAGGUAGGUGGAAUUCUAACUUGAGUUCUUUGGCAGUGAAGAUGAUACCCUAUAUAUUAAUGUAGUAUCUGUCUAAUGUAAAUUUUGUUUGAUGAAUAUCAAGUAUUUUAUGGAAAAUGUUUCAAACAGUUAAAAUUAGGGCCUGAAUCUGGGGCUAGAAGUAAGUUUUUCUCCGGCAAUAAACUGUUUGAUUUCUUCUUUCUUGGCCUGUUUUCUUAUCUGGAAACAAGAUAUUCAGUGCAAUUUAAUACAUAUUUGUUAAACACUUUCUAUUGUUCUACUGUUUGCCAUGCACUGUGUUAAUAAGGAGAGGUGAUCAAAUGAGAUAAUAGGUGGCAAACUGCUUUGCAAUGUUUUCAACACUACAGAGAUACAGUUCUACAUGAUGGAGAACCUUACUAAGAUACUCCUUUUGUGGGGGAGAAAACCUUUUUCUAACAUCAUGUUAUUUUCCUACCUAAGAGCUCUUCAGUUUAAUCUUAGGAACGUUGGAAUCAUAAUUAUUAUUUCAUUCAUUAUUUCAUACUUUCAUUUAUCCCAAGUUGCAUAAAUCUUAAUGUUGAUUCACCUUUGGUUUUCUGUAGAUACCAAGUGAAUUUUGAGAUCAUAAACAGUUACCUUUGAGCCUGAAAGUUUGUUUCUAAUUUGGGAGAUCAUAUGCUCUUAUUAAUUUACUGAGAAGAUACGUAGAAUUUUGUUUUUCAUACUUCUGUGUUUUGGCCUGGUUUUCUGUUAAACUAUCAGCUUCUAUACUUUCUUCUAGAACUAUGUAUAUGUGUUGAUCAUUGUUCUGGGAAUAGCCUUUUCCUUCUGUCAUCUGGAUGUUCUAGAUCACUCUGAAUCUUCUAUCUUGAUUUAGCAUUCAAAUAAAAAAUAAGAUAUUGAAAAUGAUGGAAUUAGUGGGAACUGGUGACAGGAAGGGGGAAACCCAAAAUUUUUUAGAAGCUGUGAUUUAUUUCAUGGAUAGUCUUUCUAAGUUAAUGAUACAAUCCUAGGGGAUCAGUUAAAUAAACUUAUAAAGUGAAAUACUGUAAAAACUUACCUGUGGUAGAAAUAGCUGUUUUUUAAAUCAUAAUUUCCAUCUGGCAGUGCAAUUGUACAGUGUCUCUAUUUUGCUGAUUUGGAGCCAAACACACUCAUUAGCCACGUUAGAUUCAGUUACUAUUCUAGUGUCAUCUAUCAUUUCCUUUGUAGUACAGACCAACAGAGUUGAGUCCAAGGACACUGGACAGGGUUGAUGGUGGUGGGGGUAGGGGGGUGUUGGUGAGGAAAGGGAGAACAAGGAUGGUGAGAGAAAAGGGCAAAUGGGUACAUUUGAGAAGAAAGAUUGUGUAAGCUAUGAAAAUGAUUUGAUAUUGACCAACUUAUUUGACCAAUUAUUUGCUGCUGUUCAGCUCAAAAUAGUGCUUUGAAUCUUAAAAGUGAAUAUAAAUUUUUGAAAUGAAAUUUAAUCUACAAUAGGCUGAACACUAAAAAGCAUAUUCUGUAGGCAAAGUAAAUAUAGUUUGCCCUCCAAUCUCAGAUGAUAAUAGUACAAGCAUAUUUCCUGUGAUGGAAAAAUGUCUACAUAUCUGUUAUAUCUACUAUAAACUAGGUAAAUGUCCUUCCCGUUAACCACAUAUGUUAAUGUUCCUUCUUUCUGAGACUCAGUUUACUCGUCUAAAAAAUGAAAGUGAGCUCUAAGAUACUUUCCAGCUCUAAAAUAACAUAAUUCUGUCACCAUAUUUGAAUGCUCAACGAUCAAAACAUUUAAAAUCGAGCAUGAUUGGGUUGAAACACUUUAGAAGCCUCUCAAACCUGUCAAAAAAUUUUAUUUGAGCAUUGUGAUACUCUAAAUACAUUUCUUCCUUUUUCUUUCAAAGAAAACAGGACAAAUAAAACACGCAUUUGUCAAAAACUUAUGACAUAAGGAAGCCAUAUACAAAAUGCAAUUAAUAUCUCCUGUUUUUUAACUCACUUCAUAACCAGUAUGUUUGUCAUUGUGAAACUAUAAUGUAAUUUUACUUGCUCGUGUUUCUAUUAACUGUGUUACCAUAUCUUUUCCCC